CCUUUUAUCAAGUAUCAACAGGCAAACCUUUAGUAGUCCACACCCCUGCCCAGCACAGUCAUGUGCAUGCUCACAGGGACAGUCAACACCAGCGGCUGGGAUGAUAUCUGCUGGGAAUCGACUCACCAGGACAGAUCUUUUCUACUCGUGGGCAGGAUCUGAGGAUCCACUGAAGGAAUGACAGAGCUGUGGUGCAGCUGGAAUGGGCCCAGGAGCGUGAGACGACUGUGGACACAGAUUUCUGUCCUGAUUGGGAAAUUUCAAUAAGGAGUGGCUGCUGUGGUUUUCACUCAACUUCUGUAGUGUAGGAGUGGGCUGCUGGUCUCAUUUGAAGAUUUCAAGUUUUCCCAAAACUUGAAAACUUCCUCAUUCCUCUGUUGUGCAGCCAGAUCCUGUCUCCUGGUUGUCUUCACCCCUUUUCACCAGCACCACCAACAAUGGACCUCACUCUGUGGCAGUACCAGUUCCGGAUCAUCAUGCUGGGGGACUCCACGGUGGGCAAGUCCUCCCUGUUGAAGCGCUACACCGAGAACUUGUUCCUGGAGUCCAUAAACCAGACGGUGGGGGUGGACUUUUAUGUUCACUUCCUGGAGGUGGAGCCCGGGGUGCGUGUCAAGCUGCAGUUCUGGGACACAGCAGGACAGGAGAGGUUCAGGUCAGUGACCCGUUCUUACUACCGCAACUCAGUCGGAGGCCUGCUGGUGUUCGACAUCACCAACCGCGCCUCCUUUGACCACAUCAAGGACUGGCACACCGAGGUGUGCGAACGAGUGCAGCCGCACAAGGUUCUGUUUCUCCUGGUGGGACAGAAGAGCGACCGUGACCCAGUGGGAGAGAGGGCGGUGAGUCGAGAAGAGGCUGAGAAACUGGCCGGGCAGCUGGGGAUGCCGUACCGAGAGGCCUCCGCCAAGACGGGCCACAAUGUGAGGGAGUCGUUGGAACUCCUGGCUCGUCGGGUGUACCACGGUCUGUUGAGCGGGGAGGUGGAGCUUCAGGAGGGAUGGGACGGAGUCAAGUGUGCUGCCCCGCAGGCGCUGCAGCUGCAGAGAGCCAGUCAGGCUACAGUCAGCAAAACCUCCAACAGCAACAAGAAGUGUUGUGGUUGAACUGGGGCCUGACUCUGACAUGGUGGUGACCACCAGCCAACACACCCAUAUGAAAUGCAUUAGCACCUUUUGUUAUGAGGAUACAUUUUGACAUUUCUAAAUAGGGGAAGAUUUAACUUUAAAAACAAAGGUUUUUUGUUUUUGUUGAGCAAGGUUCUGUGUGAGCCACUUAUUGGUCUAGAAAUAGUAAAUAAACCGAACCCUCAUGUGCACUUUUUAGUACUUUUAGCAAACGUUAGCUUAAUAUCAAGUUAUAGUAUGAUGCUCUGAAAUAUCUCAUUAGCAUUGUGAGUCAAGUGUGAUAAUAGCAUCUGACCCAAUCCUGGCAAAGGUCAGUAGAAAGAUUAGUGUUCUCUUAUGUGACCUUCACGGGCCACAGGUCAUUAGACCCCUCAAACAAUGACCAACAGGUCAUAGCAGGACCGUACAUCCUGAGGCUGGAGCUUUUUUCCUCUUUCAGAUCAGAUGAUGAGUUUGUUACCAUCACAUUCUGUGUUCAUCUUCUCUUCCACUGAGUCUGGGACCUUUUGAGACCCGUGCAUUGGAAAGGUGGUUUCCAACCUACACGGUCUGGGCUGUCCGAGGGCUCUUGGGACAUAGGAGGGGUCAUUUUACGCAUUGCUUCUACAUAUCCAAAAUGACGAAUGAUUCAAAAUAUCACGGGGGGUGAAAGUAAACACUGGUUUAGUUGAGGACUUGCAACCAAAAAAACGUUUGGAAACGCUGCACAUAAAUCUGUGAUUCUUGUAUUGUUUGUUCUGUCAAUAAAUGGCAGCAGUUAAGUUAUUGGGUCCCUUGGUUGAUUAUAAGCAUCACCUCAGGCCCUUAUGUGAACUAAUCAUCUGGGCCUGAGCUGUUAUUUAGAAAGGCCUUUUGUUGACACUUCUAACUGCACCUCAUCCUACAAGUGACUGAUAGUUUUUAGGGGCCAUUGUUGAGAUUAAUUAAAAGAAAACUCGGGGGGGCCUUUGGAUAUUGUUCUGUUGAAAUGUUGCGAGAGGUUUCCAUAGCAAUUACUGUUCAUCCGGCUGAUGAGCAACCUCUUGUGUUUCUGCAAGUUUAUUUCGCUAAAGACAAACGGAUCCACUGCUCUGUGUCCUUGGUUGACAGCAAUUUUGCAAGAUAGCAAGUAAACUGACUAUUUCAAAUAAAAAAAUGUUAUGUUUUGCUUUCGUUUGACCCUUUCAAAUGUGAUGUAUGUAUUUCUUGAACUUAAAUGAUAUCACACAUAUGAAGAAUCCUAAUUAAAUGGAAAGCAAAUGACUUGCAUUACUUAGGACCUUAAAUGUUACCCUUUUGUAAGUAUAUAGCUCCCUUAGCUAACUUCAGUUUGGCGACAGAAGCCAUAAUCCAAAACGUCUCUUUUUUCAUAAUAUCAGUAAUUUAUUGAUUGUAAUUUUUUUUUUAUCUGACAGUGAAAAAUCAAUAUCUGGGGAUCAUUUCCUUUACCAUUAUUUCUAAUCAAUGAGGCAAACUUCAAUACAGAAUUCACAACAACUGUUGAAUUAAGUGUUAUAAAACCUACAACAUUGAGUAACAAUACAGAAAAUACAU